CUCGCCAGUGAGCAGGUACGAGUAGGUAGGCCCAAAUGACCGGAUGACACUCGAUUCCAGUGAUAGCGAACGCUUAAAAUGAAGCCCGAGGGCGACACGAGGGCCAGGCGUACAAGUUGCCCAUCAUGGCCUCAAUGAUGUUUGGCGAUUUGAACAGUUGUCGUCUCAUCUCGCUAGGGAGAGCCAGAGUUCGGUCAAGCCUGGGUGGUCCACCAGGGUUGCCCACAGAGGGCUCCAUCGGCCAAUAUGAAGCGAGCUCGAAUUCAUCAAUAUGGAUGGGCGUCAAAACACGAUCUUGAUCUGAACCGUCAUGUGGCCUAUGUUAUUUGCUGUUCUCGUGAAAACAAAUCCAAAUUGGAAUGUGAUCUUCCACAUCAGCCAUGGAUCUCUUUCAAACCGAGUUCAUCCACAUAUGCACGCCAAAACCACUGUGUCGAUAUCACCGAAUUUCACCGAGGACCGGAUCUGGCUCAAUGGGCAGGAGGAGGCCAUGGCUAAUCCGAGACUCGUCAACUGUUUGCGGGAAGUGAAGAGACGAGCCCGUGAAUCCGGACAAACCCCGCAAACGAGACUCGAUUGGCACAUCCGCAUCUGCUCGGCCAAUAACUUCCCCACGGCUGCGGGCCUGGCCUCAUCCGCUGCGGGUUAUGCCUGUUUGGUGUACGCUCUCUGCCAAUUGUACGGGGUCAAGGGAGACCUAAGUGAAUUAGCACGGCAAGGAUCCGGAUCGGCGUGUCGGAGUGUCCUGGGAGGCUUUGUCCGAUGGCGAAUGGGCUCAGAUGCCCAAGGACAUGACUCAUUGGCGCACCAAGUGGUGGGGCCGGAGCAUUGGCCGGAUAUGCGGAUCAUUAUUCUAGUGGCCAAUGAUGGACAGAAGAAGGUGCCCAGCUCGAUCGGUAUGAAGCGAAGUGUGGGAACCAGUGAAUUGCUGAAGUUUCGAGCCGAAAACACCGUACCCAAACGCAUUGAAGCCAUGGAAAAGGCCGUUCAAGAUCGCGAUUUCGCCACCUUUGCGGCCUUAGCCAUGAAAGAUUCCAAUGAGAUGCACGCCACUUGUCUAGAUACCACCCCACCUUGUGUUUAUAUGAGUUCCACCUCACACCAAGUGUCGGACCUCGUUCACAAGAUCAACGAGCAUUUUGGCACACCAAUCGUUGGAUACACAUUCGAUGCAGGACCGAAUGCAUGUUUGUUCCUUCUAAAGGAGCAUGUUCCCCUUUUGGUUCAUUUGGUCCGUCAUUACUUUCCGACCUCUGACACGACCUUUAAAGGAGAUCCCUUCCGUGGUCGCGACUUCGACGUGGAGAUAUCCUCUGGCGAGGGAAAGUUUCAGUCCUUGGAAUCUUCAAUGGACAUGGGCACAAAUCCCGAUGCUUUGAAGUAUGCCAUCUACACAAAAGUGGGUUUAGGGCCAGAGGUCCUCACAAAUACCUCGGAUCACCUCUUGGAUGAAUUGGGUAAUCCCAAGAUGUGAUUCAUGAAUCUCCCCUGUGUUUCUUUUUGCAAAACCAUUCCCCACUCAAUUAUGCAUUCCUCCCACCUAAAUGUGCAUUCAAAGAAACGUUACGUGCAUAAUUUAUGCAAGUGCACCCCCAAAGGCUUCUCAUAUGGUUAUUCGCGUUUCAUACUUGGGCGAUUACUUGAAUAUGACUCGCACAAGUUCCCAUAGAAAAGCCCCUAUGGCCCGCUUAAAAGAAUGUACCGGAUUUUUUAUAAACUGUUGUUCGCCGCCCACCCAAAAGCGAAACCCCAACGCUCCGCUCCGUCCAUUCAAUGUGUGGUGUUGUUUUGUAUUGACAAUUGUUAUCUUAUUUGUUACAUUCACAUGUUGCCUCUUGUUAGAUAUUUUUUAUAUACUCAGGUUGAACUAAUGGUUGUUUUGUUUAGGGAAGCAAAUACAUGAAUUUUCGCAAAGUG